GGUCCAUGGUGGUGGGUGUUUCCGCAUUCUGCAAAUAGCUGCCAGUUGAAGCUCAACUUGCAGAAAGAGGGGAACUGUCGCGUCUGAGGAAUCUCCUCUUUGUCAAGAUUCCAGGGAAGAGACGUGCGAAACUACGGAGGAGGCAUGCCUUACAUACUGAUCAGCACGCAGAUCCGACUGGAGAACGGCCCAACCAAUGUGGGAGAUGAGCAUUCUGAUCCGGCUGUCAUGAGUUACUUGGGAGCAAGGAAAACAACCGUGCUGGGAAAUAAUUUUUCGGAGUACCAAGUUGACGAGCCUCCUCGCCUGGUGUUGGAUAAACUGGAAAAGAUCGGCUACCGCAUGCUGACAAUGACGGGGGUGGGGCAGACGCUGGUGUGGUGCCUUCACAAGGAGAUCGAGUGAUAAGGCAGGCAGAUGUGGAAACAUGAUAAGAACUUUGAUUUUUUUACUGCUGAAUUUUCAAUGCUGCCAAACUGUGUAUCAGUCCAUCUAUCCAAGCCAUCUAAAUGUGCGUGUCCUUAAUUUGGAUUGCGGAUGAGCUGGAGCUUCUCCUUGCUGGCGUCAGCCAGGAUACACCCGGGAAUGGUCGUCAGUCGGUCGCAGGCUGACAAAUUAUGAAAUGAGGAAUACGAUCCUAUAUAUAUAUAUAUAUAUAUAUAUAUAUAAAAUUUCUUCCAUUUAUCAAUAUGUGAUGACCAACUGCAUGGGUAUUUAAAUACAAUCCUCCAUCACAAACAUUUGUUGUGAUGUGAUGACCCAAGAGAGUUUAAUAUAAUACUAUACAAUAUAACCCUAAUACAUUCUCUUGGUUAGUUGAGGAAAAUAUUAAAUGGCUGCUUUGUUUUUUUUUUUAGAAUUGCACAUUUUAUUUUUAAAGCUCGGAAAAGACUGUUUUUCACUUGACUUUUUGUUGUUGAUGUUGUCUUAAAAGCCCUUAUGGGCUGGGUGCGUGUACAUUUGUAUGCAUGACACAAUAAUAAAUUCUUUUUUUUUUUUAUUAACUGUUUUGCAGAAACCUCAAAUGCUUCUGAUUAAAUAUCAGCACUUAAAUGUGGA